AUGGGCCAAAAAGUAAUAGUGCGAGGUUGGUGCGUUCCUUCAGCACAGGGGGUGAGACUGGAGCGUCCUGAAUUUUUGUUGCGAUACAAAACGCCGCAGCGGACGGCGCUGGAUGGCAUGUGCCUGCGUAAAAACCAGCGACCGCCUGGCGCGGGGGCGGAACGGGGCCGUGCCCCAGAAGCUGAGUCAACUGGAGAGAGGUUGCAGCAGUCGCGGCAGCGGCAUGGGACAGCGCCGGGGAGUUCGCUUUUCAGCGCCAAACCGGGCAUUGGCGGGGGCGGCCGUGUAGAGUCCGUGAAGCUCAAGGCGACACCAUCGUCAGCAACGAGGCUGCCGAAGCCACUGAUCCCAACACAAGAGGAAAAUAAAGCUCGGGUAUUGACCAGGGCCGCUGCGACCGCCACUUCCGCGGCUGGAUCUGGCGGUGGCGGUGGUGGUGGUGGUGGUGCUGCUUCUGCUUCUACUACCAACUUCGUCAAGGCGACAGCCAACACCAAAACCAAUAACUCAACGGCCGCCGCACACACUGCCCCAUCGGGUACACCACUCACAGAACUGGAGACUGUCAAGAGGUGGAAGGACGACGAAGCUCACCUUGAGCUAAGAACAGUUGCAUCUGUGGCGUCCACUUCACAACGUCCUGUGCCCAGUGUCAAGGAGUGCGAAAUUCCUCUCAAACAGUGCGGGACUCCUGUCAAGCAGCUUGUAACAAAACGUCUCAGUACUGGAUUUACGGUGACACCGUGUUCGAAAAGUAUUGGGGCCUUUUCAAAGUGGGGGCGCACGGAGGGUCCGGUAACGGACCACACACAGAAUAAAGGCAGCAUCACUGUUGUGGAGGAAAAGCGUGAGUGGAGUACCGACAUGUUCAUGCAGAGCGACAUAUGCACUGUGAUGAGUGAGCAGACGACGCCACCGUUGAAUACUAAAGGGGAUGCUGGGAUACAGAAACCAACAAGCGUGUCAACUCCAAGUAAUUCCUCCCUAGGGGCUCCUUCAGCAGUGCAGUCUCCACUAUGUAGUAGUGCGAAGAAGAAGGCGGAGGUGUUGCAGCAGCUGCGGCAGCUACGUGAGGAAAACCGAAGGGCACUGAAAGCGGCCCUGAAUCAUCGGCGAACAUGGAAAUGA